GUAAUACUUCUAGUCAAGGAGAAGUUGAGGCAGUCGCAAAGAAUGUGCAACUAAUAUAAUAAUUUUCAUAGUUUAUCGAGAACCUUAUAUUUUUACACCAAAUAAUAAUAUCAAGAGAUGUUUUGUAUAUAUCUACAAUUUCACAUGUCACUCUCGUUUCGUAGAAAUAAACGUUUUACGAAUGCGUUUAGUUUAGAUGCUUCGCUGAACUAUACUGUUAUUAUAUAUGACACACUCUGUGUCUAAAUAAUAGCAAAAUAAUAUUGUUAUUUUGUUAUGAACUAAAUUUGUUGUACUACUAACAAAUUGUGUCAAUUGAAAAUUUUUAAAUGUGCUUCAUUUAUAAUUUGAAAAGAAGCGUUUAUUCCACCGCCUCAAUUUUAAGACGGACCAUUAACACUUCUGGCAUACGGAGACACACCAAAGCUUACGAUUGUGAUGGCAAAACUAAAGUCAACAUUUUCAAUACGCAGCAGGAAUUGGGCAUCAUGAUCACUGGUUACAGUCAAUAUGGAUUUCGUUUAAACAACGAUGUUGUGGUUAUAGGUCCAAUAGCUGUGUUUCCUAAAUCUGUAUUGUCUUGGAAUGUGGAUAAUUUAAACGAUAUAAACGAGAAUAGUUUAUCAUUAUUUACGACUUUAGAACCUAAAAUAGAUGUCUUAAUUUUGGGAGUCGGCGAUCAAACUCCUACAUCUAACUUCAGUAAAAAAAUAUUAUAUUUCAUGAAAACACAUAAGAUUAAUGUUGAAGUUUUGAGGACAGAACAGGCUUGCGCUACUUUCAACUUCUUGAAUGCUGAAAACCGCAUGGUAGCUUCUGCGUUAAUACCUCCUGUGCACAUAACAUACAACGAAAAUGAUGUCAUGGGGUCAAAUGUAAAUCGUUUAAAACAAGUCUCAUUUGUAAACAGCGAUAAAUAAAUUUGAUUUUUUGCGUCAUGUAAUUCUGUGCGCUAUUCUGGUGUUCGAUUAUGUUUACUUGGUGGUGUUUUAAGAUGUUUUCAUAUUCCAUAAACUUUUCGUUUUCAGUUUCGCUGUUAGUUUCAUUUUAUAAACAUUCCAAUCUCUUUCGUCUUUACCAAAUUUACUGGUAUCUCUUCCAUCAGAAGCUAGGAAAGAAAUUAUAUGCGUCGCUUCUUGCAACGCUAGAGUGUGACUUUUCAUCAUUUCCUGGCGUCUUCAAAAGCGAAAGGUUGGUUUUUGUAACAAUUUUCUUCUAUUCUUAUUAAUAUUAUUCAACCAACCGGCUAAUGGAAUAUCGAAAGGAGCUUGAUAUGAAUUAAUACUUUGGGGACAAUCAUUUACAAUAUUGUUUGUUAAGGCUCCUGAAGGACCUCCAUCGUUCGUUACACAAAGUACGUAAAAUAUAUAUCGCAUAAUUUUUUUUUAAUCUUA